GGAAGCGAUCAUCAAAGAGAACAUUGUAAUACACAGCCGUGUCCAGUCACUAAGGUCGUUGGAAGUUGCAAUGGACGGAUUCUGCUUCCAUGCUAUCUGGUGGAUAGGAUGACAUUCGGUGAACAAGCACUAAGUUCUGGUGAUAAUCCACGUCGAACAGCUCGCAAUGUCAAAGAAAGCGUGGAUUUCUCUGGAAAAAAUGCUUUGUCGCUGAAGUCAUCAUCCGAAAUGUCGUCAUCACGGUUUGGCAUCUGUGAGAAGAAAUUCAAAUAUGAGUGCCCAACUUCUCUUCUUACAAUUCACCUAGGUUGGAAAGGUGAUAAACUCAAACGAGGCGAUCCUCCUCCUUCACCUUCUUCAAACGAAAAUUCUGCAGAAUGUUGCGCUGGAUACUACCUUAGUAACGGUAACUGCGUCCCUCAGUAA